AGCAUCUCUAUCAAUGCAGCUAGUUCAGCUGGGUCACACUAAUACAAACAGCUUAGUAAACAUAACAUAACCUUCCUCCAUCGUGACUUGUCAUAACAUUAUUAUGUCCUGCAUAACAUGGGGAUUGUUGCUCACCCACAAUAUAAUUGCACUUACAUCUGUGGUGAGGACUUUGAAUCCUCUCUGCUAAGUUUUGAAAAACUUGACCGAGCUUCACCUGACCUGUGGCCGGAGCAGUUACCGGGUGUCUCUGAAUUUGCUGCAUCCUUCAAAAAUCCUAUCACAAAUUCUCCGCCCAAGUGGAUGGCUGAACUGGAGACAGAAGAUAUUGAAAUGUUGAAAGAAUUAGGAAGUUUGACCACAGCAAAUCUGAUGGAGAAGGUGAAGGGACUGCAGAAUCUUGCUUAUCAGUUGGGUUUGGAGGAAUCUCGAGAAAUGACAAGAGGGAAAUUCCUGAACAUCUUGGAGAGACCCAAAAAGUGAAGACCCAGAUGGUGACCGCUGACCUGUUGGCUCAGUGACCAGUUGAUUGUGAGCUUGUAAGGCAGAACACAGUAGCAUGAUACGCUAAAUUUUAAAGACUUUCACUAAUAUUCAACUGAUUUUGGGGUCAAAAAACCAUAACACCAUAAACAUUUUUUGUAUAUAUGUUUAAUAGAGUAGAAAGGCAAGGAUAGUGCUGUGCUUUUCAGUAAAUGUUCAUUAAUGUAUUUAUUUUUAACUUUACAGUUUAAUACAGCUUCAAUUGUUUUAAUAAAAAUACAGUGUUGUUUAAAUAAA